CCCAGGCUUGAGGACCCGUCGGCCCCCCACCCCCUUGGAAAGGCAAGGAGAGGAGCCUGCGCUGGUAGUGAGCCUCCACUUCUGCCCUUGACUGCAACACCCUAGUGCCCCCCUGGCUUAGUCAUGGCGAAGCUGGAGACACUGCCUGUGCGCGCUGACCCAGGGCGGGAUCCUCUCCUGGCCUUUGCCCCUCGGCCCUCUGAGCUCGGACCCCCAGACCCUCGGCUGGCCAUGGGCAGUGUGGGCAGUGGGGUGGCCCACGCCCAGGAGUUUGCCAUGAAGAGCGUGGGCACCCGCACGGGUGGUGGGGGCAGCCAGGGCAGCUUCCCCGGCCCCCGAAGCAGCGGUGGCGGGGCCGGCAGGGAGAGGCCAGGCCGUUACCCCUCAGAAGACAAGGCUCUCGCCAACUCCCUCUACCUCAAUGGCGAGCUGCGGGGCAGCGACCACACUGAUGUCUGCGGCAACGUGGUGGGCAGCAGCGGUGGCAGUAGCAGCAGCGGCAGCAGCGACAAGGCACCACCACAGUAUCGCGAGCCCAGCCAUCCACCUAAGCUCUUGGCCACCUCUGGCAAGCUAGACCAGUGCUCAGAGCCGCUAGUUAGGCCUUCGGCCUUCAAGCCUGUUGUACCCAAGAACUUCCACUCCAUGCAGAACUUGUGUCCCCCGCAGACUAAUGGUACUCCCGAGGGACGACAGGGUCCUGGUGGUCUCAAGGGUGGACUGGACAAGUCUCGGACCAUGACCCCAGCGGGCGGGGGUGGGGGCGGCCUCUCCGACUCGGGCCGGAACUCACUCACAAGCCUGCCCACCUACAGCUCCAGCUACAGCCAGCACCUGGCGCCCCUCAGUGCCUCCACCAGCCACAUCAACCGCAUUGGCACUGCCACCUACGGCAGCGGCAGCAGCGGCAGCGGCGGGGGUGGUUCGGUCUACCAGGACCUAGGAACCUCUGACAGUGGGCGGGCCUCCAGCAAGAGUGGGUCGUCCUCCUCCAUGGGGCGGCCAGGCCACCUGGGCUCAGGGGAGGGCGGAGGUGGAGGCCUGCCGUUCGCGGCGUGCUCACCACCCUCGCCCAGUGCUCUGAUCCAGGAGCUCGAGGAGCGGCUGUGGGAGAAGGAACAGGAGGUGGCAGCUCUGCGACGGAGCCUGGAGCAGAGCGAGGCGGCGGUGGCCCAGGUGCUGGAGGAGCGGCAGAAGGCAUGGGAGCGCGAGCUGGCGGAGCUGCGGCAGGGUUGCAGCGGGAAGCUGCAGCAGGUGGCCCGCCGCGCCCAGCGCGCCCAGCAGGGCCUCCAGCUGCAGGUGCUGCGGCUGCAGCAGGACAAGAAGCAGCUGCAGGAGGAGGCAGCCCGGCUGAUGCGGCAGCGGGAAGAGCUUGAGGACAAGGUGGCCGCCUGCCAGAAGGAGCAGGCUGACUUCCUGCCCCGGAUGGAGGAAACUAAGUGGGAGGUGUGCCAGAAGGCAGGGGAGAUCUCCCUCCUGAAGCAGCAGCUGAAGGACUCGCAGGCGGACGUGUCCCAGAAACUGAGUGAGAUCGUGGGGCUGCGCUCGCAGCUGCGGGAGGGCCGGGCCUCGCUGCGAGAGAAGGAGGAGCAGCUGCUCAGCCUGAGGGACUCCUUCGGCAGCAAGCAGGCCAGCCUGGAGCUGAGUGAGGCGGAGCUGCCCACGGCGUGCCUCAAGCCCGCCCUGACCCCGGUGGACCCUGCCGAGCCCCAGGAUGCCCUGGCCACGUGUGAGAGCGACGAGGCCAAGAUGCGCCGGCAGGCCGGGGUGGCCGCCGCCGCCUCGUUGGUUUCCUUGGACGGGGAGGUGGAUGCUGGCGGGGAGAGCGGGACGCGGGCCCUGCGGCGGGAGGUGGGGCGGCUGCAGGCCGAGCUGGCGGCGGAGCGGCGAGCCCGGGAGCGCCAGGGCGCCAGCUUUGCAGAGGAGCGCCGCGUGUGGCUGGAGGAGAAGGAGAAGGUCAUCGAGUACCAGAAGCAACUGCAGCUGAGUUACGUGGAGAUGUACCAGCGCAACCAGCAGCUGGAGCGGCGGUUGCGGGAGCGCGGGUCAGCCGGAGGGGCCAGCACACCCACCCCACAACACGGCGAGGAGAAGAAAGCCUGGACACCCUCCCGCCUCGAGCGCAUUGAGUCCACGGAAAUCUGAUCCCCUACCUGGGCAUGUGGCCUUUUGACAAGUGCCCUUGUCAAAGGCCAGAGUCCCCAGUGUCCCUUCCCUGCCAUGUCUCUUCCCCAUGUCUCCCAUGUCCCCAGACCAAAGAGGUUCUCAAAGCAGCUGUGACCAGGUCCCUCCCCUCACCCCACGGGGUGCCCUUGGGGCUCUACCACUGGCCCUCUGGGCAGCCCCUUUGGACCCUCCUCCCAAGGAGGGGAGAGAGGGAGGCAUGUGUGGGAAUUGAGGGGCCCAGGCAGCGGGGGAGCCCCCUGCUCCCCCUCUUGGCGCUGUUUUGCUGGAGAUGGGAGGCGGCAGGCCUGUAGCGCCCUGAGGUGCCCCAGCCCCUGGGUAGGUCUGGGUGGCUACUGUUGGCCACCCCGGUGUCUGGUGACGCUCUGUGUGGUCACCUCAGAGGUCAUGUAGCCUGAAGGGGUCUGCGUGGGGUCUGCCAAAGCUGACAGACCUUGGGCUCCUGGCCUCUCUCCUUCCUGUCCUAUUAUCCCUCCCUGGGCAGAUUGACAGGACAAGUGGGAGCAGAUAGCCUGUAUGUGGUUGAGAGGGCUACCUGCCCAGCCCCCCGCCCCCCUCCAAGGUCUCUUGGGCUCAGGCCUUGGAGCCUGGCCUGGUCCUGAGUAUAUGUUCCUAUGUACGUAUCAGGGGCCGGCCAUAGGGAAGGCUGAGGGUGGAGACUCAGUGCCCAGGGAAGAUCUGCUCUCCUGUUCUUGGGAAGAGUCACCUGGAGGCUUCUUAGCUCUACCCCACCCUUCUGGCCAAGACCCCACAGGGUGAUAGCCCCAUCUGCUUGGCUCACCCCACACCCAGGGCCACUGUCUGGCUCUAACUACAGCUAUUAAGUGCUACCUGCCUCUCAGGCACUCCCCUCACCUGGUUUCUGAGGUCAUAUGAGUGUCUGUGAUGUCUCCCUGUGUCUUUUCCCACUCGAUUCCCCCAGCCUCCCUCUGCUUUCACGCUAAGAACAUCAUUGUCCUAGGCCACCUCUUCCCCCAACCUCACCUUUUCUUCCAGUAGAAAAUUCUGCUUGAUCUUUGGUGCACUGCCCACUUCCAAGCUCCAAUGGGCCCAAGCCUGAGCCAGAGGCCUUUGUUUGGGGGAGCGAGGGAGGAUGGUUGUGAUUGCCCUUGAAGGACAAGGCUACCCGAGAGGAACACUGACGCCUGAGUUCCCAGGACCUCAAGGUAGCCCAGUGUUUGCCCAAGGUAGGCCUGGCAUGGCCAUCAGUGGGGGUUGGGACAGCACUGGCAUGUCCCUCCUCCUCUCAGCAUCCUGAGUCUAUCUUCCUAAGAUAGGAAGGGAAAGGCAAAUUUCUAAUUCACCAGCAAUAAAAAUUAGAGGAGGCUUGGCCCUCAGCCCUUUUAUUUCUCUCUUUUCACUCUCUUCCUCCCACCCCCAAGACUUGGUUUGGAGGGCAGGGUGGAGAGAGCUGGCAACUACUGUGAGCAAGUUCCCCAACCCCUGACCAGCCUCCUCCCAUGACUGGUGACUGUUUAAUGAGCUGUGCGUCCCCCACAAAAACAAGAGUGCCCCUCUGUGUGGCCUCUAUCCCUCUGCACAGCCCCUUCCAGGUGACCCUCACCAGAUCUCUGAGCUGGGUAGGGGGGGCCAUCUGGCAAUCACUGCCCAUUCCACUCACCCCUCACUGUACCUGCCCCAGAACCUGGGCCUGGGCCAGAGGGGCAGGGGGAAGAGAAGGCAUUAGUAGGAAAAAAAAAAUAGAAAAAAAUAUGAACAGACUCAGCUUUGGGACUUCCAAACACAAAAGAAAUUAUAUAUAAAUAUAUAUAAAUAUAUAUCUCUACCAUAUGUGAUGGAAAGACUUCGUUUUCUUUUCCCAAAGAAAUAAAAUGGAG